AUGUCUUUUGUCAUGCACUCUAGGACUCAAUUUUCAAAAUGGACGGACCUUCCUCUCAAGUACCACUGGCUGUCAGGUACUCGCUCAGCCUACGUGCAAGGAUUGCACGACAGAUACGGUCCUAUUGUUCGUCUAGGCCCUUCUGAAGUCAGCGUCACUGAUGGCACGGCUGUGAAACAAAUUUACAACGUCAAAAGUGGCUUCGCAAAAUCUGCAUUCUAUCGCAGACUUGACCCGGGUCCUGAGAGCAUCUUCAACACGAGUGACAUAGAUUUCUCCCGCCGCCACCGUCGUCUCUUGACGUCACCCUUGUCAGAAUCUUCGCUGAAAGCCCUUGAGCCUCUAGUGGAUGACAAAAUCAAGUUGGCCAUCGAACGCAUUCACCAGGAGAUGAAGAUUAGAAGUGCUGCAGAUAUUGCCAAGUUCUGGCUCUUUAUGGCGACGGAUGUCAUCUCCGAACUGAGUUUCGGAGAAUCGUUCGGGAUGCUGGAGAAGGGAGAGAAGAACCAGUACAUUAGCGACCUGGAGAACUUGUCCAAGCUUGGCGGCGUCAGAGCACUUUUUCCAACCCUUGUGUCGUGGGCAAGUCUAAUACCCGCCCGUCCCUUCACAAACUCGACGGAGGCAGCUCUACGAAUGGGACAGUACGCUACCGACGCAAUCAAUCGGUACAAAAGCUAUGCCGCUAAGAACCCAACAAAUCAGCGUCCAAUGCUCCUCAGCAAAAUGUUCAAGGCUGGCGAGGAAGGCCUGUCGAGUAUCGAAAUCGAGUCUGAUGCACAGGCAUAUAUCAUUGCCGGCAGUGAUACCACCGCCAACACGCUGACUUACUUGGUUUGGGCUGUUAGUCAAGACAAGCGAAUCAAAGACAAGUUGUGCGCAGAGAUUGCCCAGCUUGACGAAGACUUCAGCGACACGGACCUCCACGACCUUCCGUACCUGAAUCAGGUAAUUCAGGAAGCUUUGCGUGUCUUUCCAGCAGUACCGGCAACGCUACCCCGCACUGUUCCGUCUGGCGGCACGACCCUCUGUGGAUACUGGAUUCCCAGCGGUAUUACGGUGGGUAUGCAGUCUUGGAGUCUCCAUCGUAACCCAGUUGCUUUCCCAGAUCCAAACCGGUUCAAUCCAUCCAGGUGGGAAUCACCGACGAAGGAUAUGAGAGAUUGUUUCAUGCCGUUCGGAGGCGGGUCUAGAGUUUGUAUUGGGUUGCACCUAGCUCGGCUUGAGCUUCGUCUGGGCACUGCCCGCUUUUUCCGUGCUUUCCCCGACGCAAUGAUAUCAAAUGUUGAGGGUAUGUCUCAUGAAGAUAUGACACCAGUUACCUACUUCUUCAUUGGUCCCAAGGGUCAUCGCUGUCUUAUGAAAGGUCGUGAAUGA